GCCGGGGCUGGAUCGGGACCGGGACCGGGAUCGGGACCGGGAUCGGGAUCGGGAUCAGAACCGGGACUGGGAUCGGGAUCAGGACCGGAGCCCCAGCGCCGGCCGAGGGGCCCGGGCCGGGCUCUCCCUACAGGACGCGGCGGCGAUGCUGUGACCUACAUUCGCGGCAAGGAGGUCCCCAGCCCGCCGCCACCGCCGCCGGGCCAUGAAGCGACACAAGUGACGGGGCCGGCGGCCAUGGGCAGCCCGGCACCAUGGCUGCGCUGGACACAAACACAGCUGACGCGCUGGCGGGGCGAGGACGAGGAGGAGGAGGAGGAAGACGACGACUUUGAAAGGCGGAUGGACGAGGAUGGGGUCAUCGGCCUGGGGGGGGAGGGUGCCAGGAGCCCACCGUGGGGUGACAGCGAGGAGCUGGAGGAGGGGUCCCCGGCAGAGGAGGGGCGCUGGCACCCGCGGCGGGACCCGGCCGAGGAGGAUGAGGAGCGGGGCAGCUCCGGGGGGGAUGAGGGGCCCUGGGGGGCGGAGAGCGAUGGGGAGCCCUACCCCGAGCUCCCCGAGGCGGUGAGGGACGGCCGGGCUCUCUGCCAGCCCCGGGGCUGCGGCACGGACGGCGGAGACACCUCCGGGCUGUCGGACACCAGCCCCGGCCCUGGCACCCCGUCCCGCCAGCACCGGGACUGGGGCACGGCCGGGGACACCAUCGAGGGGCGCAGGCAGGAGCGGACCCCGAGACGGAGCCUCCCCGUGCACCUCUCCCCCAGCCCCGAGCGCUCGCGGUCCCUGAGCCCCCGGAGGCGGACGGGCACCGAGGGCACCCAGUACGGCCGAGGGCGCCUCAACCACCCCCUGCCCGACCUCUCCAAGGUGGAGGCGCGGGUGAAGUUCGACCAGAGCUACCGCCCACCCCGGGGCCGGGUGCUGCCCGCCCGCCCCCGCGGCCCCGGCGGCCCCAUCGGCUUCAAAUCCCCGGCCGAAAUCGUCCGGGAGGUGCUGCUGAGCAGCGGGGAGGGGGUGUCCCCGCAGCCCCCCAGCACGGCCGCGCUGCCGCAGGAGUUCAGCUCCCCCAGACAAGCCACGGCGCUGGUGCAGCAGCUCCAGGACGACUACCACAAGCUGCUGACCAAGUACGCCGAGGCUGAGAACACCAUCGACCAGCUGCGCCUGGGCGCCAGGGUGAACCUGUUCUCCGACCCGCCACUGCCCAGCCGCAGCCUCGCCGUGGGCACCGUGGGCACCGGCAGCCGAGUGAUGACCCUGAGCAUCCCGCAGGCACGGACAGCGGCUCUCGGCACGGCCCCGGCCUCGCCAGCCCCGGGACCGCCUGAGCGGGGAGGUUCGGCCCAGCCUCGGUGCCCUCCCCUGCCCGGGGGGGGCUGCCCCAGCUGCCCCGAGCCGUGCUGCUGCCCCGGGCCCCGGCUCACCCGGGCACUGGCGGGGCAGAGCCGCAGGCUGCAGGCACAGGUGGAAUCCUUCGAGAGCUGGAUGCGUGCAGGGACCCCCAAGCCCUCGGAACAGCUCCAGAGGAUGAGGAUGCUGAAGGACGCGCAGGAUGCGCUGGAGCGGGAAUACCUGCGGGGCCGGCAGCAGCUCCCGGAGGCUGCGGCGGGGUUUGAUCCUGACCGGUCGGUGGAAGGGGAGAUUUACCGCCUGGGGCUGCGCCUGGAGGGGCUGAAGGAGCGGCUGGAGCCGGGGGGCAGGCGGCAGCCCCUCCCUCAGCCCCUCCCUCAGCUCCUCCCGCAGCCCCCCUGCCCCCCAUCUCCACCGCCGGCCGCCCACUCCCCGUGCCCCGAGAGCCCUGCGUUGGUGGAGGGUGCUUGGGGGACAGCAGGGGACGGCGAGGGGGUGGCAGGGGGGCUGCCCUGGCCCCUCUGGCACAAGCAGCGCCAAGUGGAGGAGGAUUUCGGGGACCUGCUGGAGCAGUACAAGCACUUCAAGUCCCUGCCGGAGUCGCUGAGCCUGGAGCAGCUGAGCCUGGCCGAGAGCGGGUCCCAGGGAGAGGUGGAGGCACCCACGGCAGGGGACGGUGGCCACAGCAAUGUCCCCUGCAGGACACGGUCACUCGAGGAGGGGCCCAACCUCGAGACCUUGCCCGUGCACCUCCCGGAGAGGAGAGCUGCGACGCUUCCCCCCAGAGGAACCCCGGACCUGGGGGACACACGGGGCCACACCUCCCCUGCCACUGCUGAGGAGCCACCAGCCUCUGCCAAACCCCUCCCGGGGGUCCCUGGGCCACCACGGGUGUCCCUGUCCCUCCGCAGCAGUGGGACGGGCAGCGCCGCCGCCCAGCACGGGCCCCGCAAGGAGCAGCGCAUCGUGUCCCCGGAGACCGACAGCGGCUUCGUGGGCUCGGAGGCCAGCAGGGUGUCACCCCCCGCGCACAGCCCCGAGCAGCAUCCCCCGGGCCCAGGGACUCCGGGCUCGCUGGGAACUUCCAUCGCCAUCCCCAGCGCCCUGCGCCCCCCACGGAAGAGAGAGGAGACCCCGCUUCCCUCCGAGACAGCGCUGAUGGGCAUCUACUCCCCGGGGGGCUCAGGGGGGCCCCGGCUGCCCCCCAGCAGCCCCUCACAGAGCAGCUCCCCACCUCGCUGGCCCGAGAGCGCGGGCAGCGAUGGGGGGCCGGACCCCGAGGGUGACGGCAGUGAGUACACAGGACUUGGCGAGGGACAGAGAUCGGGGGGGGUCCUGGCUCUGCGGCUCCGGUUUAUGGGGCUCCUUGUGGUGUCCCCGGUGUGCUGGUGUCACCCUCCCUGGAGGGAGGUGUGUCCCAAUCUCUGCUCUCGGCUCACUCCCCUCCCGUUCCCCCGCAGCUCACACGGACUCGGAGGUGGGAGGCAGGAGCUGUGCCAGCGCCGGUGGCCACCCCGCCGCCAUGGCCAGGAGCCCAAGCAGCCCCCUGCCGUCCCCCGAGACGCCGUCCCCCACCCUCCUGUCCCCCGACCUGCCGUCCCUCGAGCGGCUCACUGCGACCUGCUGGGCUCCCGUCUGGAGCGCGACCAGGCCAUCCGGGCGCUGCAGGACGAGGUGUGGCGGCUGCGGCUGCGGCUGGAGGAGAGCCUGCGCCGCUCCCGCAGCUAUCCCGAGGGAAAAGCCGCUCCCCGUGUCACCCCGGCCCGGAGGCAGCCGGUGGCCAGCGGACCUUCGUCCCCACAGGGCGCUGCGCCCUCGGGGGACCCGAGGGUGGCCCCCGGGGUGACAGCCCCGCGGAGAGGGAGGUCGGCAUCGCUGCCACGGGACAGGCCGGAGCUGGACCUCGGUCUGGAGCUCGGCCCCAGCGCAUCCCACCCCGCUUCCCUGUCCUCCGCCGCAGCCUCCGAGUCCGAGCCCUCCCCCGCCGGGCCCCGGGCACCCCCCGCCCUGCGGAAGCGCCUUGGGAAGCCCCCGGGGGCGGUGACAUUUCGGGGACAAUACACAGGGACAUGGUACCAGGCGGGGACACCGCGUGCCACCCCGGCACCCCGAGAAGAGCCGGGCACCUCGGGGUGUCCCCGAUGUCACAAGGGCAGGAUGGCAUCAGCUGGAUUUGGGGGAGGUGAUGCCCCCCGGCAGCCCCAGCACAGCACCCCGAGGAGAACAUCCUGCCCCACCUGCCGGGCACCCAUGGGCCCCUCCGCGGCAGGCAGCGGGGACACGGCCACACACGCAGAGCGUGGCCCUGCUGGCUCCUGCCCCCCAGGCCCCCGGGCUGCAGCCGAGAAGCCGGAGCAACCCGGAAUUUGGUACUUGGCAGCCAACCCUGCUGCCACCGCUGCCACCGUCUGCCUGGCACCCGUCCCCCUCGUGCCUUACGUGCCCUCCGUGCUCUACUGCUCCCCGGCAGUUCCUACCUCAGCCCCCGCCCUGGCCGGGGUCCCCCUGGGUGCCGCUGCGGGGCCGCGGCGGGCAGAGCGUCCCCGCCGGCCCCAGGGCCACCGCCGCUGCCUCAGCCUGGAGCUGGAGGAGCUGGAGGAGCUGAACUGGUCGCUGAGGAGGGCUGUGGAGGCUGCCCAGAGCGUCAGGCUGACCACCACCCGCAUGAGCCGGGCGCUGGCCGCGGAGCUGGGCAGGGAGCGGGGCCUGCGCGGCUCCUGCCUCUUCUGAGGGAGCCGCCGGCACCUCCGAGCCCUCCGAGCCCCCAGGAGCAGGAGGAUGGGCCCCGGGGAGCAGGAGGAUGGAUCCCGCAGGAGGAUGGAUGGGUCCUGCAGGAGGAUGGGCCCCAAGGAGCAGGAGGAUGGAUCCCGCAGGAGGAUGGAUCCCACAGGAGGAUGGAUCCCACAGGAGGAUGGAUGGAUCCCACAGGAGGAUGGAUGGGCCCCGCAGGAGGAUGGGCCCCCUCAGCGUCCCUGCGCUGGCUGCUCCCUGCCAAAUCUGGCUGGAGGUGUCUCCUGCCCUGGCUCCCACUCUCUUCCCGCUGUCCCCGCAGUUCCUGCACGGCUUGUCCGUCUGCCUGUCCAUUCUCAGGACCCCCCCCAAGCUGCAGGAGGGGGGAAGGUGAGGGCAGAAGUCUCCAGCAUUCCGCAGCACCGUCCCCUGGACCAAUGGCGUGGGGCUGUGUCCCCGCCCGGGGCAGCGGCCACCCCACCCCGAGCACUUCUGGGGAUGCUCCGACCUGGUGUGGGUCCAGCCCCCUUGGCAGCUGUGUUUACCUCUGUGCCCGUGUGGGCAGAUACCCGGGGUUCCCUGGGGUUCCCUGGGAUUCCCUAUUCAACGCCCUUCCCAGCCUUUAGGCUGUGCCCUCUACCCUUGGACUUGAACCCAGCAGGAUCCUCCCUGAGGAAACUUUGCUUUUUUUGGCAGUUUUUAUGUGAAUUUUUUUUUUUUUUUUAACUAGUAAGCAGCUAAAUCACUCUUGUGAGUGUUGACUGAUGAUCUACAACGUGCGUGUGUGAUAUAUGUGUAUCUAUAAAUGGAUAUAUCUAGAUAUAGGCAUAUCUAUAUUUAGUUUUAUGUCUAUAUCUGGAGAGACAGACAGAAAUAGAUCUGUGUAUGUAACAGAUCUGUAUCUGAUUCUGCAGAUAUAUCUUUUUGCAGAUACAUAUAUAUAUAAAUAUUUUGGUUUGCAUUUCCAGCACAACCCUUCGGGCAUUUGUGGGGUUUUUUUCUGGUCAUCCCUGGAUGUGGCCACCCACAGCAUCAUCCAGGCAGAAAACAAAAUGAAGGAUUUGAGGUGUUCCCCCUGGGAUCCUCAAGGAAUCUGGGCUGGUAAAGACCAAAGCAGGUGUGGGGUCUGUGGAGCCCCUGUUCCUCCCAGCUGGGUUUUGAAGGAGUUAAUGCCUAUUUUUUUAGGGAAAAAGGAUGUGGUUGGGGCAGCUUUUCCUGGGAUAGGUCCAGCCAACUCCCCUGCUCCACCCCCAGCACCUCAGCCUGUGUUUAUCUGUAGGACCUACCUGAAGUGCCAGUGUCAAAUGUAUUUAUUUUUGCUUUUAUUUGUUGUAAAAAUGCCCACGUUUGCAGGGGGGGAUCGGUGAGUGCCUCAGAUCUGGAGCCUUCCCAGCUCCCCCUGAGCCUGAUCCUGACAUGAGCCCGGAGGGGUUGGGAAUGGGACUGUCCCCUCCUCCUUUUUUGGGGGUGAGAGGGCUGGGUUGGGAGGAUUUUAAAGAGGUUUGGGGGAUUUAAAAGAGGAUUUUUUGAGUCUCUGAUUGCCUCUGCUCAUGCCCAUGCCCCAAGCUGGAAGCUGUGACCCCCUCAGCCCAGCCAGGGCGCGAUGGCAGCGUGUGGAACCUGUGGUUAAUUAUCCCAAAUGCAGUAGCCAGGACCAAACGAUGUUUUUCUCUCCUUAUCCCCUAUUUUUUAACGCCCAGCAGAGCCACUGGGGUGGUAUUUUGUACGAAGAAAUCACCUAUUUUUGAAGGAAAUAAAUGCAG